CACUUUUUACUUGGUUCUGUUUUCCAUUCUUUCUUUUCAUUUCAGCAAAACAAUUACUGGAAGAAAAAGUAAAAUUUCCAACAAAAUAUUUUGUAAAACUAAAGUUGUUUGAAAAGUGAGCAGGAAGAAGCAGAGACGGGUCCAGUUCUGUCCUACAGACCACCAACUAAAAUACUGAUUUUAACUUAAAUUCAUCUCAGUGACCCGGGAUAAGCUAAUCUCACGAUACGAUACGACGCCCGAUAUUAUGCUCACGAUACGUUUUAUAUCACGAUAUUCGACAAACGGCACAAUUUGAUAUGUUUGUAAGAUUUUCUGAAAGAUUUCAGUGAUUUGUGACGUUUUGAGACGAUUCCACAGACUUGGAUUAAAUUAAUGGAACUGAUGGUGUAAAACUGUAAUAAAUGUUUCUGUUAUACAUUUGAUUUGUUUAAAUGUUAAUUAUGUGACUUUGUAUAUUUGGUUAGGCAGAAAUCAAACCUUUUUUGUCUUAUUGACUUAUAAGACCAAAAGUUUAGAUGAUUUUAUAUCAUCUAAAAUUACAUAUUAGAGGAUGUGAUGUAUUUCAUUAUUUAAAUUUUAGCUGGUUGUUUCUUUACAUGUCAGUUUUAGUGUGCAACUUGGAACACGAAGUAUUUGAGUAGAUUUAAAAUCGAUACUUUAUGAGGAAGAAAUAUAUCAAUAAAUAUCGCAGUAUCGAUAAAAUAACUCAACAGGAAGUCAGCAAACUCUGUCUCCGUCCUCAGCCUGUGUCUCCGUCCUCAGCUUUUGUCUCCGUCCUCAGCUUUUGUCUCCGUCCUCAGCUUUUGUCUCCGUCCUCAGCCUGUGUCUCCGUCCUCAGCUUUUGUCUCCGUCCUGAGCCUGUGUCUCAGCCUGUGUCUCCGUCCUCAGCCUGUGUCUCCGUCCUCAGCCUGUGUCUCUGUCCUCAGCCUGUGUCUCGGUCCUCAGCUUGUGUCUCCGUCCUCAGCUUGUGUCUCAGCUUGUGUCUCCAUCUCCAGCUUGUGUCUCCGUCCUCAGCCUGUGUCUCCGUCCUCAGCUUUUGUCUCCGUCCUCAGCCUGUGUCUCCGUCCUCAGCCUGUGUCUCCGUCCACAGCCUGUGUCUCCGUCCUCAGCUUGUGUCUCCGUCCUCAGCCUGUGUCUCCGUCCUCAGCUUGUGUCUCUGUCCUCAGCUUGUGUCUCCGUCCUCAGCUUGUGUCUCAGCUUGUGUCUCCAUCCCCAGCUUGUGUCUCCGUCCUCAGCCUGUGUCUCAGCUUGUGUCUCCAUCCUCAGCUUGUGUCUCCGUCCUCAGCUUGUGUCUCAGCUUGUGUCUCCGUCCUCAGCUUGUGUCUCCGUCCUCAGCCUGUGUCUCAGCUUGUGUCUCCGUCCUCAGCUUGUGUCUCCGUCCUCAGCUUGUGUCUCAGCUUGUGUCUCCGUCCUCAGCCUGUGUCUCCGUCCUCAGCCUGUGUCUCCGUCCUCAGCCUGUGUCUCCGUCCUCAGCUUGUGUCUCUGUCCUCAGCUUGUGUCUCCGUCCUCAGCCUGUGUCUCCGUCCUCAGCCUGUGUCUCCGUCCUCAGCUUGUGUCUCUGUCCUCAGCCUGUGUCUCCGUCCCCAGCCUGUGUCUCCGUCCUCAGCUUGUGUCUCAGCUUGUGUCUCCAUCCCCAGCUUGUGUCUCCGUCCUCAGCUUGUGUCUCCGUCCUCAGCUUGUGUCUCAGCUUGUGUCUCCAUCCCCAGCUUGUGUCUCCGUCCUCAGCUUGUGUCUCAGCUUGUGUCUCCGUCCUCAGCCUGUGUCUCCGUCCUCAGCCUGUGUCUCUGUCUCCUCCAGGCGUCGUCUCCAUGGCGGGCCGGGUCUACGCCGUUGGCGGCUUCAACAGCUCGCUGCGGGAGCGGACCGUGGACGUUUACGACGGCGCCAGGGACCAGUGGAACGCGGCGGCGAGCAUGCAGGAGAGGCGCAGCACGCUGGGGGCGGCGGUGCUGGGCGAGCUGCUGUACGCCGUCGGAGGCUUCAACGGGAGCAUCGGUCUGUCCACCGUGGAGGUCUACAGCCCGAAGACCAACGAGUGGAGCGUCGUGGCGUCCAUGAACACCCGGCGCAGCAGCGUGGGCGUGGGCGUGGUCGACGGGAAGCUGUAUGCUGUGGGAGGUUAUGAUGGAGCAUCUCGUCAGUGCCUCAGCACGGUGGAAGAAUACGACCCAGUCUCUGAUCAGUGGUGCUACGUGGCCGACAUGAGCACACGGAGAAGUGGAGCAGGAGUCGGGGUUCUGGGCGGCCUGCUGUACGCAGCGGGCGGCCAUGACGGUCCUCUGGUGAGGAAGAGCGUUGAGGUGUUUGAGCCUCAGAGCAACACGUGGCGUCUGGUCAGCGACAUGAACAUGUGUCGCAGGAACGCAGGUGUUUGUGCCAUAAACGGGCUGCUGUACGUGAUCGGCGGUGACGACGGGUCCUGCAACCUGUCGUCUGUGGAGUUUUACAACCCGAUGACGGACAAGUGGAGCCUGAUUCCCACCAACAUGAGCAACGGCCGCAGCUACGCCGGAGUGGCAGUGAUCGACAAGCCGCUAUGACCCGGCCAGAAACCCAGAACCAGAACUUUAUGGGCCACCGAGAGCCUCCAUGUUUGGUUCUGAUCCGCUUCCUUUGGGGUUCCAGGAUAAACGGAUGUAAUUCCACCAAACCGAGCCGCCGGUUCUGUUGGCUUGAUGGUUGGACUCCAAGGAGCCGGUUGCAAUAAUUGGAGCGGUGACACCUGGUGGUGACCAGCAGUAUUCCUCCUCGACCCAAACGCCCAAAACCGGAGCGCCGCAACAUGAAGAAUGUUAAAAUUAUAUGCAACAAAAACAGCAGAUUUAGUAUUUUUGAGAGUUGAUUUUUAAAGUUUGGGAUCAGUUUUGGUGUUUCGGUUCUGGGACUAAACACUACUGAUGUUCUGCACUGAACGCUGCUGCUCAUUCUGAAGCUGCCAGCCGCACACAUCAGAUCAGAGACACUGGAGCUGAAAAUGAUGCACUGUAAAAAAUGAGCUGGAAAGACAUCAUGACUUUAUUUAUUGACUCAUUUGCCACUGCGUUCAGGAACAGGAUCCUGAAACAGAACCAUGUUUACCGGACUGGAUCUUAGUUUAUUCUAUAAAAGCACAUAAAGUUUAAAUAUAACCUUCCUGUUUUAUAAGUCACUUGAUUUUCAUUUCAUCUGGUUGGAUUUAAUGUUCUGUUAUGUUACAGAAAACUGGGAGCGGUCUUCUUCAGGUGGAAACACCUGCAAGUAGGUAAGACUCUCCAGCACCACCUGUGGUGGGAAACAGGAACUGCCUGAAAAUAAGAGGAAUAAUCAUUAAGAUAAAAUAACUCUAAUAUUCAGGCACAUACAGUUUCAUGUUUAUUAUUAUAGAACUUGUGAAGAUGUUUAAAAUGAAUCUGUGCUGAAACACUAAAUGGACUUUGAAGUAUAUCAUGUGAUUGUUUAAAGUGACCAGAUGGACAUUUUUCUCACUGCAGUUGCUAUAUUUUUUAUAUAAAUGAUGAACAUUGUGAACAAAAUGUUGGAUUUGGUUCAUUUUUCACAGCAAAAAUGUAGAGAAAGAUUAACAAAACUUCCUCCUGUCAGCUUUUAUUUCCAUUUCUCCAAAGGAAAAUAUAUAUUUACUGACAUCUACUUGAAAA